GCCCACAGAUGAAGCCGAAGGAGUGCGUCACUGUGGUACUGGCAAAGGAAGUCUGCAAAAGACGGGAAGCUUGCAUUCAUUCACGCAAUCGGGGGCGAGCAGAAUGGAACCUGGGGAGGGCUGAUGGGGAAGAGGGGGGGCUUCGCCUCAAUUGCUUCGUCGGGGUCAUGUGGCCUGCCUUGCAGGGAAGGCUGUUGAUUGUAAGGAACUCAAGUACCUCCAAGCUGUUCUGUAGGUUGUAUUGCCAGGCUGCAGAAAGGGACACCAUCUUUGCAUUGUCUUCAGGCCAAGGGAAAUGCGGGGUGGCCGUGAUUCGAACCAGCGGGCCAGCAAGCGGCGUGGCCUUGCUCCGCCUGACGAGGGCAAAGGAGCCACCUCCUCCAAGAGCCGCCUCCUUGCGGCGGAUUUGUGACCCCCACUCUGCUGAAAUCCUGGACCACGGCCUUGUCUUGUGGUUUCCAGGGCCCGGCAGUUUCACAGGUGAGGACAGCGCCGAGUUCCACGUUCACGGAGGGCCCGCUGUGGUGAGCGCCGUCUUGAACGCUUUGGGUUGCCUUCCUCAGCUACGCCUCGCCAAGCCUGGGGAGUUCACCAAACGGGCUUUCCAGAACGGCAAACUGGACCUGACGGCAGUCGAGGGCCUGGGGGACCUGAUCGAAGCCGAGACAGAAGGCCAGCGCCAGCAGGCUCUGCGUCAGAUGGAUGGAGACUUGGGACAGCUCUACCAGCGUUGGAGCGACACCCUCACAAAGGCCCUGUCCCAUGUCGAAGCUUACAUUGACUUCAGUGAAGAUGACAACAUUGAGGAAGGAGUCCUUGCUCAAGUGGAAGAUUAUGUUGGGUCGUUGGAGACGGAGCUGCAGGAGCACUUGCUAGAUGCUCGCCGUGGUGAGAGGCUGAGGGAUGGCGUUCGUGUUGUGAUUGCAGGGCCCACCAACGCUGGCAAGAGCAGUCUCCUCAACCACCUGUGCCAGAAACCGGUGGCUAUAGUGUCCCCUGUGGCAGGGACCACACGGGAUGUGGUAGAGGCAGCGCUGAAUAUCGGUGGCUUCCCUGUGGUGCUGAGCGACACGGCAGGGCUGCGGGAUAGCAGGGACGUUGUUGAACUGGAGGGAGUGAGGCGGGCCCGGCAGAGGGUGGGUAGUGCUGACCUCGUUCUUGCUGUCCUGGAUGCAACGGAAACAACCCAGCCGUCCAACCAGCUGGCCCUCUCCUUGCUGGACAUCCUGCCACCUGACAAAUCAAAGGAGACCCAGCCGCACCUUCUGGUUCUGAACAAAAUUGACCUACUUGGCGAACAGGAGCGAGGAGCGCUCCUGGAGAGCUGUGCCACUUUGGGCCUAGCGCCUGUCUGCUUGCUCUCUUGCAAAACCGGAGAAGGGAUUUCUGCCUUCCUGAGGGUGUUGCAGAAACAGCUGGCCCACAUGUGCGGUGACCCCCUUGCAGGCUCUCCGAGGGCCACGCAGGCGCGCCACCAGCUCAGCUUAACCAAAUGCCGAGAGGCUCUGGGACGCUUUGGCCGGUACAAGGCUAUGGAUCUUGCGCUGGCUGCUGAGGAGCUGCGUCAGGCACGGCGGCUGCUGGGGCAGCUGACCGGGCAGGUAGGGGCUGAGGAGAUCCUGGCUCUCAUCUUCAAGGACUUUUGCAUCGGCAAGUGAAUGAAGUCUGGACAGCAGUUGAGGAGGUGGAUGCUGCUGGAUCGCAGCGCCCUCCUGCGGUUGGGGAUGGUUCUACGGUCUGAAGUACUUUUUUUGCAAAGGGAUAUUGAGGUUCAGCUUGUUCAAGGAUGGGACAGUGCCUGAGUUGUACUGGCAGGAACAGGAUUUUGCAUGAGGGAGGAAAGUAAUUUUUGAAGCAGAAUAUUGAUAUUCAAGGUUUCAUACUUUUAAAAAGACUUUGUGAAAGAUGGAUUCCACAAAAGGAUUCCUAAUUGUAUGCUAUAUAUUUUAUGCAAUACAGGAAGCAGAAGAAUAUAUUUUAAGAAAUGGCAGAUAUUAGUGUAUUUUGACAAUUGAGAUAUAUUAUGACAGAUGUGCACAUAUAUAUUCUGAUUGCCUCUCCACAUGCAUACGAUGUGCCAUAUCAUAAAUGUUCAGCUGAAGCACAUUAAAGCAGAUGGUUGACUAUCUCCCCUUUUCAAGUGUAAGAAA